CCACCAACUAUUGAGGAGACGAAGAAGAAGCGAAGCUAAGCAGCAGCAUGGCGACAGUUCAAGUCAGCGAGGCUGAAAAAGUUUACAUCUUACACGGGAUCAGGGAUGAUCUGCGGGUGGAUGGACGAGGCUGUGAGGACUACAGACACACGGAGGUGGAGACGGACGUGGUUUCCAACACAGACGCUUCUGCCAAAGUCACGCUGGGCCACACAGCAGUUCUUGUUGGGAUUAAGGCUGAGAUUGGAAAACCGAGACCACUUGUGCCAAAAGAAGGUUAUUUGGAGUUCUUUGUUGAUUGUUCGGCUAACGCCACCCCCCAGUUUGAGGGCAGAGGAGGCGAGGAGCUGGGGACGGAGCUGAGCAACAAUCUCUACAAAGUGUUCAACAACAAGCACAGCGUGGACUUGAGGAGUCUCUGCAUCAGUGAGGGGGAACACUGCUGGGUGCUCUACGUGGACGUGCUGGUCCUGCAGUGUGAUGGAAAUCUAUACGAUGCCAUCUCCAUAGCCAUCAAAGCAGCUCUCUUCAACACAAAAAUUCCCAAAGUUCAUAUAUCGGUGGACGACGAAGGAGGAAAGGAGAUCGAACUGUCUGACGACCCUUACGACUGCAUGAGACUUGAUGUAGAAAACGUUCCCUGCAUCGUGACCUUGUUCAAGGUGGGCCACAGACACGUGGUAGACGCCACUCUGCAGGAGAAGGCGUGCUCCGUGGCCAGCCUGAUCAUCGCCGUCACCAACAAGGGCACGGUCACCUGCGUGAGGAAGAUGGGCGGAGGCAGUCUGGAUCCAGAGAGCAUCUUUGAGAUGACAGAGACGGGUAAACGAGUGGGGAAGGCCCUGCACGCUCCGCUCAUGAAGCUGCUGCAGCAAGAAGAGAGUCUGGGGAAGAAGAGACAGAAAGUCGGCUUUCUGGGUUAAAACUGACCUGUUCUAUGUAUUUACAUGUACACAUACUUUUCUAUUAAAAUAUGUCAUUUUUA